AUGGCAAGUGGGCACUUAGAUUUACAUGUAAUUGGUCACACAAAUGCCAUAGAGCUGUGGAGGAGACUGCUUGGUCCCACAAAAGUAUAUAAAGCACAAUUCCAACAGCCUUUCAGUUUGAGGGGAAUGUUUGGUAUUUCCGAUACAAGGAAUGUUGCUCAUGGAUCAGAUUCAGUCAGAUCUGCAGAGAGGGAGAUCAAAUUCUUUUUUCCAGAUUUCUCAUUCUAUGAUUGGCAUAAUAAUGAUGAAAUGCUAUAUAGAAAAGGCCCUAUAAUAUUCAAUCAUCAUUUAUUUCAACAUGUUAGAAAACUU